GACAUUGACAUGUAAAUAGUAAAGCAAAAUACAUAAGAAAUAAUUUUAAAACUAUGGCAGAAGAAAAUUUGUUUGAUUUUCUUCAUAAUGAAAUUGUUAAUUAUGUUUUAGACGGUAAUAAUAAACAAAAUGAAGGGAAGGAGGAAGAUUUGUCUGUUCUUGAAUACAUUGGAUUUUCGACAGGAUAUCGUAUUAUUGAGAGACUUACCAAGGAAAUGCCUAGAUUUAAAGACGAACUGGAUACUAUGAAAUUUGUUUGUACAGAUUUUUGGAGUGCGCUAUAUAAAAAACAAAUAGAUAAUCUUAGAACUAACCAUCAAGGAAUCUAUGUAUUGCAAGAUAACAGUUUCAGGUUUCUAACUAAACUUUCCAAUGGUAAGCAAUAUUUGGACGCUGCUCCCAGAUAUGUCGCCUUCACUUGUGGCGUAAUUAGAGGAUGUUUAGCUAAUUUAAAUAUUAUGUGUCUAGUUACGGCCGAAGUACAAAAUAUGCCUUCUUGUAAAUUCCACAUACAAGUUCAAAGAACUUGA